GCCAGCGGGCCCCAAGGUCGGCCCUCUUUCUGGGGGCGCACCACGGAGCAAACCAGUGGGCGGGUCCUCGCCCCUCCCAGACGUGGCCAGAACCUGUGCUGUUGGUGCGGGCCGGCGAUUCCCACGUGGUUCGGUGACUCGCGGUUGCAGGCUCCGGUCCUCUCUAACUUCACCGGCCUGUGGGCCUGCUGCCUGCAGAGAUGCCGAAGAUCAAGGCAGGGGCGAGCGGCCGGUGCCGCGAGCGGCAACAACAACGGCGGGAGCUGAAGAGCGCAGGAGGCUGCCUUAAGACCAACUGAUGUGGUGCUGGAAGUUGGACCUGGAACUGGCAAUAUGACUGUAAAGUUGCUAGAAAAGGCGAAAAAGGUAAUAGCCUGUGAACUUGACGUAAGGCUAGUAGCUGAACUUCACAAAAGAGUUCAGGGCACGCCUCUGGCCAGCAAACUUCAAGUAAUGGUGGGUGAUGUGUUGAAAACAGAUUUGCCAUUUUUUGAUGCUUGUGUGGCAAAUUUGCCUUAUCAGAUCUCUUCUCCUUUUGUCUUCAAGCUGUUGCUGCACCGACCUUUCUUCAGAUGUGCUGUACUUAUGUUUCAAAGAGAAUUUGCUCUCCGACUGGUUGCAAAACCUGGAGAUAAGUUAUACUGCAGACUGUCAAUUAAUACACAGCUAUUAGCACGUGUGGACCAUCUAAUGAAAGUUGGAAAGAAUAACUUCAGACCACCGCCCAAGGUGGAAUCCAGUGUCGUAAGGAUAGAACCUAAGAAUCCACCACCACCUAUCAAUUUUCAGGAAUGGGAUGGCCUAGUAAGGAUCACCUUUGUUAGGAAAAACAAGACACUGUCUGCUGCAUUUAAGUCAAGUGCAGUGCAACAGCUACUGGAAAAAAACUACAGAAUUCACUGUUCGGUCCAUAAUAUCAUAAUACCAGAAGAUUUCAGCAUAGCAGAUAAAAUACAGCAAAUCCUAACCAGCACAGGUUUUAGUGACAAGCGGGCCCGUUCCAUGGACAUAGAUGAUUUCAUUAGAUUGCUACAUGGAUUCAAUGCAGAAGGUAUCCAUUUUUCUUAGGUAUCUGCAGAAGAGAAGUUUCCAAACUCAACAAAGUAGAAUUAUAUAUUCUUAAUAAUUUGAGAAGAUGAACUAUGCUUGGACACUAUGUGCUUGACUAUUUUUGAUUUACUACUGUUGUCACCAUUUAUUACUCUGAAUUUUUAAGGAAGUAAGUCAAUUCUAACUAUACAGGUUUUUUUUUUUUUUUGGAUUUGGUUUGAUUUUAAUACACAACAUAGGGCAGGGUCCAAUUUAUACAUGAUACUCUUCAAGUUUAAGAGCCGCAGACACGCACAACUUUACACUUAAAAAAGUUAUUUCUAACAGUGUAUUAUAUAAAGAUGUUACACUAAUAUUUUCUAUGUUACAUAUUACUAUGAGAACCUUUUUUUAGGAUUUUAGCUCUUUAGGCCUUUGUUCUUCAAGUCAUAAGAAAGUUAAAGUAUGCUUAAUUUAGUCACAUAUUCCCCAUACCAUUUUUUCUUGUUAUUCAUGUGUACAGUAAAGCAAUUGUUUCCUUGUUUCCUAAAAUGUUGUUUUGCUUCUCUCAUUCUUUCUCUGUUUAUCCUAUAUAAUUUCUAUCACUGCCUACCCCUUUAGCAAUCCUGCAGCAUAAUAGGCUAGGGUUCUAGGCAAGCCUGAGUCUGCUACUGCCACCACAUGAUGCCAGGCAUAUUACUUCUGGGCAUUCCUUACUUGUAAAUGAGGAUGCUCAACUAGAAUGAAAUGAACUAUAAGAUUAUAUGUUUUUUCUUGGCGAGAUAGUCAUAGAUUUAAAAUUUCAAAGGGUUUUAUAAAUCAACACUGGCUUUAAAGUUAAAAUCCAAAUUUUAACAGAGGUACACUGAGUGAACCUAGAAGGAAAAGAUAGGUUGUUUGCAUAAACAGAUUUUUUAGAAAUCUGGCUUCAAAGUGAUAUAUUAAAACAUUCCUAUAUAACUAAAAUAAUGUAUAUUUUUAGUUAAUUAUUAAUAGGGAUAUCAGCUUUCAAGUCUGAGAAAGUAAAGAAUGUUUAAUCCAGAUCCAAAAAGUUUAAGUUAUUCUUUAAAUAACUGCACAAAGCCACUUUUGUUACAUAAAUACUACAUAAUUAAGAGUAGGUUUUUUUAAUCUCACAAAACUACUUAAUUAGCAAAGUUCACUUGUACCAUCUCUAUCCUUAAAGGAAAAUUUAAAUUUAAGAUUUAAUUCAGCUUUCCCUCUUAUUUUCCUGUCCUCCUAUGGACUGCUGAGUUUCAGUCCCUUUUAUAACCUUCAGAUUUCCCUAUCUGUAAAACUGAGGGAAUGGAUUAUACUACCAAGAUCUUUUCUGCUACUGAUAUUUAAUACACCUUGAAUACUAAUCAGAAUGAAGCCAUUAUAGUAUAAGGCAGUACAUUUCAAAUUGAGGAGACCUUCCAGAGAUAGUACCCUUCUAAUUUAAAUAAUAAAUUAAGACUUAUCUGUUGUGCUUUAAAAUGAGUAAAUUCACAUAUCUCUAUGUCCUUUGAAGAUCAUUCCAUAGAUUUAAUAAUAAGCACACUGUGAAAAUCUACACUUGUUCUAGAUUUCAAGUUUACAGAGGAGCUUUUCACCAUGGUGUUAGGAUUCCCACAGCGACCUUCUGAGUUCUGUGGACAGUGAAGUAGGGAAUCUGGCUCAUGUGACUCUAUUCAUAGCUUCCCAUUAGCCCAUAUGAAUGAGCUGGUAGUUCCCUAGAGUAAAUCAAAACAAGACACCCUUGGGAGACUUUUUUUUUGUUAACGUACUCCUAGACACUAUCCUGGGAACUGAGGGAAAACUCCUAGAGAGAUAUAUAAAUCUUCUAACAAAAUAUUUACAUGAAAAGUGGCCAGUUUUCUUCCUUGGAAUAGCAAUCUGUAAAAAUAAGUGCCACCAUUUAAAAAGCAGCAUGCCCUAGAUGAGCUGAUUGGUGAGAAUUCAGCGAUGCUCAUCAAAUCAUGGUGAAACUCAUACAUUAGGUAAUGGCUGGAGCUUGGGUCAGAUGUGCCUUUCAAGGCACAGUCAUCUCUUUCUUAGCUUAAAUUCUUUUUCAAGAGAGUUAUGUACUGUCUAUUCUUGGCUUAAACUAACAGUUCUAUUAUGGACUACUUUCAAUGUACAUGUACAUAUUCAUGCAUCAGAAGCCAAUUUCCUUUAACAGUACCAUUUAAAAGGUUCAUUUUGGGGUGCUAAUGGACACUUCAACUUAAGUAAUGGUAUUGGUAAAGAUCAAAUUGCACUAUUAGUCUUGUUAAUACCACACUGGAACACACACUGCAUAUAUAUGUAUUAUCCUAAGAUAAAACUCUUUUCAGAAUUUCAUUACUUUUUAUUAUACACCAACUAGUUUAUAUUUUAGUUCUUUACAAAGAAAAUGCUAAGAAAAUUAUAACCACAUGUUAUAUGGUUUUAAAAUCAUAAUUCCAGAUUUUUUUACAUAUAAGAUGGAAUGGUCCAGCAGCUAUGUCCACUGUCACAGACUUUAGUUCCAUUCAUUGAUAUGGCACAUCCUGCAAAUCUAGUCACACACAAAAAAUGUCUCAAUUACAGUAAAAAUGUA